CUUAGAAAGUGUAUGUAUGCUCAAGGCCGCCGAUAGAACGAGAACACUAGCUAGAUAGAAGAACCUGACUUGUUUGUCCGUUUUUUGCCCAUUUCUUGGAUUGGCUCCAAGCCAAGGUGAAGAUUCUUUCGGUUCGAACCGUUCUAACCCUCUAAGGUUGCAUCAGGCCACCCCAAAAGUGUGAAAGCCGCCGAAACUUCUGGAACACACGAGGUGCUUCCAAAUAAGUGGAGACUCUUUUGACGAUUAUAAGCCACAUUCAUUGCCUCAGUUCACUUGACAGAUUUCUUCUAGUGAUAAUAGAGGCUCCAUUGGACCCAUUACUGUAAUACAACAUAUAUUCUUCCACCAUGUCGCCGAAUCCCAUGCCCACGCCUGAUAAAGAGAAUCCCUUGUCACUCAAAGAAUCAGGCAAUACGGCCUUCAAAGAUGGGAAUCUCGACGAAGCCUUGGCCUUGUACACGCAAGCCUUGCGUUUAACAUCCAAGGAUCACUCUUCCGACCAAGCCGUGAUCUUUAAAAAUCGAGCAGCAGUUCAUCUCAAAAAUGAAGAUUACCAACUGGCCGUGGAUGAUUGCACUCAAGCCCUGGCUUUGGUACCCAGCGACCCCAAGGCCUUGUAUCGUCGAGCUCAGGCUUAUGAGGCCUUGGAGCAGGUGGAUUUAGCUUAUCAAGAUGCCCGCGAAGUUCAUAGGGUCGAUCCUAAGAACAGAGCCAUCGAACCCAUGCUGAUCAAGCUCCACAAAGCCGUCAGUGAAAAGGUGACGCAAAUGAAUCAAAUUGGAAACAAGGUCAAAAGUAUGGUCGAGAUCGUGUUUGAUCCGUCCACUGAGAAGGAGAAACGCAUUAAAGGAGCCGACAACUUGAUCUACUUGGCCAAGGAGAGAUCCGGAGCCGAGGUUCUCAUGAAAGAGGGAGUGGUACAAAAGAUUGCCAGUCUCAUGAAGGUGGAAAAGGACCCUCAAAUCCGUCUUUCCUUGAUCAGGUGUGUGGGUGAAUUGUGCAAGAAGAGCGAAGAUUUGUGUCGGCCGGUUUUGGCCAAUUGCGGGAUCCCCUUCUUCUUGGACAUCUUGAACACUAAGGACGACGAGACCAUCAAUGCGGCUUCCUAUGUGAUCCAGAUGAUUCUGGACACACUCUCCGACGUGAAAACCGCCAAAAAGAUCCGGGAACUCCGCAAGAAUCCCCGCUCUCUAAGUUCAGAGGGUCGGAAAUGGUGCAACACCGAAGAGGCCAAUCGAAUGGAACGGAUUAAGAAUAGCAAGGAGCUUGUCAGCAUUUUCAACGUGCUGGUCUUCAACCUCACGUCGAGAACGAUCACAGGUCAUGCCCGAGACGCGAUUGUGGAGCUCAUCAUGAAGAAUUGCAAGUACGACGAGCUUAAUUGGGCGGAAAUGAUGCUCAAAACUGAUGGCUACGAACGGAUGAUGGAGAUUGCGUCGGAGAUGACCGAAUAUCGCCACGAAUCGUCCAUGGAAAUCACGGACAACUCACGAGCCAAAGCAGGCGUCUGUUUAGCCUUUUGUUAUGAGGCCAUGUACGACGAUAAACGGCGCAACACCUGCUUGGAAAUGGUAGGCAAUUUUGUGUCGGAGAAAUUGCGGGACAUGAAAUCCGAGUCUCGGAUUCGGUGCGUGACCGCCAUCACCACAUUGCUCCAAUAUGCCGUGGAAUUGGGUCAAUCUCAGUUGACCAAAGAGGGCGUGUUGCCCAUGAUCAUUCAUAUGGCAAAGUUGGAUAACGAGUACUUGGAGCAAUUGGUGGCCUCCGAGGCCAUUAUUGCGGCUGUGGCGAAGAAGAAGGACUCCAAUAUGAUCGUGAGUCAAGGAGUGGAGGUCCUCAAGCAACUCUACAACUCCAAGAAUGAUCACAUCAAAGUUCGAGCACUGGUGGGCUUGUGCAAGCUCGGGGCCUCUGCCGGUCAUGAUGCUUCCAUGAGACCCUUUGCCGACGGUUCGACCGUUAAACUAGGUGAAGCUUGUCGGCGAUUCCUCAUUAAUCCCGGAAAGGAUCGUGAUCUUCGACGAUGGGCGGCUGAGGGCCUUUCGUUCCUAACCUUGGAUGGUGAUGUCAAGGAAAAACUCUGCGAAGACGAAGAGGCCAUUAAGGCCCUGAUAGAAUUGGCCAAACAAGGCAAAUAUGACGUCCAGUACGCCUUGGUGACGCUGUUAGUAAACUUGACCAAUUCGUACGAGAAGAAGGAAAUCAUGCCUGAAAUGCUGGAAUUGGCCAAGUUCGCCAAACACCACGUGCCACAGGAUCACGAAUUGGAUGACCAAGACUUCAUCGACAAGCGCAUCUUUGCCUUAGCUCACUACGGAAUCGUCUCCGCUUUGGUGGCCCUCAGUAAGACAGACAGCAAUAACAUCAAGGAGCUCAUUGCUCGAGUUCUCAAUGCCAUUUGUAAAUACUCGGACCUCCGAGGUCUGGUGGUUCAACAAGGUGGAACGAAAGCCUUGGCAUCUCUGGCUUUGGAAGGCAAUGAGAAAGGAAAACGCCACGCUGCUCAAGCCUUGUCCCGCAUUGGGAUCACUCAAGACCCUGCCAUUGCCUUCCCGGGACAAAGGGCGGUGGACAUCAUCCGACCAAUUUGCCAGUUGCUCAAUAGUGAGUACGAGGGUUUGGAGAACUUUGAAGCCCUGUUGGCCUUAGGUAAUCUUGCCUCGCUAAACGAAACCACGCGAUCGAGGAUGCUCAAGGAAUCCGAGUUUGCCUCUUUGAUCGAAGGCUAUAUGUUCGAAGAUCAUCAACUGAUUCGAAGGGCAGCCGUUCAGUGCUUCACCAAUCUGUGCCAAUCACCCAUUCAGGUCAAACGUUGUGAGGGAAAGAAUGAUAAGGUCAAAUACGCUGUUCUGCUUUGUGGUGACGAUGAGGACGUGGAAGUGGUCCAAGCGGCAUCAGGUGCUUUGGCAAUGCUGACGUCACAAAGCGAAAAGUGUUGCAAAAAGAUUUUUGAGAGUGCCCAAUGGUCUGAUUGCCUUCUGAAUUUGCUGGCGAAUCCUGAUUUGAAUAUUGUGCUCCGAGGUGUUGUCAUUGUGAAGAACAUGAUUAAUGCUGGCAAGGAAGUAGCCGAAAAAAUCAUCGAAACACAAGCCAUGGAUUGUAUGCAAGCCCACAUUUUCAAGGCCAAAUUGGAUGAAGGCUCGUAUGAGCCUAACCAGAUCCUCCAGAAGAUCCGGGUAAUAGCUGAAGAAGCUCUAGAAUCUGCUCAUCAACUUGGUUUGGUCAAAACCCAAAAAGAGGCGGAAAAAGAUCCUAAAUCAGACGACGAGAGCUGAACGCCAUGUCCUCGAUAAUUUUUACAUUCGAUUUUUCUCUUUGUGAUUGUUACCCAUUUGUAUGCUAUUUAUCCAGCUUUAAAUACAAUUCCAAUGCUCCCAAUA